GCCCUCUGGAGCUGCUGCAGCGGGGCCAUGGCCCUCAGCUCUCCGUGCAGGAGCAAAGCCCCAGGGCAGGGCAGUUCCAGCAGCCAGCCCGGGAGCUCCAGGGCCACCGGCCAGGGAGGGGCUGCGCGGUGGGUUUGUCCCAGCCCCGGUGCUCGGCACGGAGGGGCUCCGGAUAACCCAAAGUUCCAUCCGGUGCUGCAGGCCGGAGAGAGGGAAUGGAACACUGCAUUAUGACGUAACAAUGACAGGUCCACGUAUGUCACAAACGGGCCCUGCAGGAGGGGUCAGCUCACACGGGCACAGUGGGCCUCAUUCCUCCUGAGGAAGCGACGGAGCAUCACCGGAGCACCAGUGGAGGAGCAUCGCUGUGGUCAUGGAGAGCCCCAGCUACACAGGACCACUUGGGAUGGUCAUGCAGAUGAUGCUGCUGCUGCAGCACAGCCUGUUUUCAGUCGUGCUGCGGUUCCGGCGGCUGCGGAAGAUCUGCCGGAGGUUGGGGAAGAAGAGGAGAGCGCCGAGCGCCAGGAGGAAGAAGGGGAGAGAUGCUUGCGGGAAGGACGGAGCAGCAGGGAUGCCGUCGCCGACCUGGGAGUUGCGGACGAGCCCACGGGAAAGGAGCAGGAAGCCACCCCGGGCCCCGCUGGCAUCCAUGCUGUCCCUGGGCUCCCUCGAUGAAUCUUCUUCCUCCUCCUGUUCCUCCCUCUACUCCUUCCCAGAGCCCUGGCCCGGUGCACUGUCAGAGUUGGCUGCCCGUGCCCCUCGUGCCGCCCCAGAGCCACGAGAGCCACAACCAGGGCCAGAGCCACAGCAAGAACCAGAGCCAGAGCCAGAGGCAGAGCUGGAGCCCCAACCAGAGUCAGAGCCAGAGUCAGAGGCAGAGUCAGAGGCAGAGGAAGAGCCUGAGGAAGAGCUGGAGCCACAACCAGAGUCAGAGGCAGCGUCAGAGGAAGAGCCAGAGGAAGAGCCUGAGGCAGAGCCAUCCCUGUGCCCCAGCUCGGAGUCCCCGGCUCUGCUGCCAGCAGCCCCCAGCACCCCCUAUUCCCUGCGGAUGACUGAGCAGAGCGAUGGAGCGCAGAGCCCCAUGGAGCCCUCCCCGCCCCACUGCUCCCACACGGAGCUCAUCCAGGAGCUGAUCUGUGCCAUCCGUGAGAACCACGCAGCCGUUGAGCGCCGCUGCCAACUGCUGCGGGCAGUGCUGGAGCGGCAGAGGGCAGCCGGGACGCCCAGAGAGCCCCUUCACGACCCCCCGGCCCAGAAGCCCCCCACCCAGGAGCCCCCGGCCCAGGAGCCCCCCAGUCUCCAUCUGCUUGUUCAGACGAAUGUCCUUAGUACGGGGAUGUGGCCGCUACUGAAGAGGGCCACCGACAUGGAUAUGAACAAUCACAAGGACACGCACAUGGACACGGAUGCGGACAUGAAUCUGGACACAGAUGAGCACCCAGAAGUGGGAGCAGACGGGAGCGCCCCACAGGAUCUGGACCAGAGCGUGCUGAUGGACCCAGGCAGGAUCAGCCCGAUGGAUCCACGCCGAAACAUCCCCAUGGAUCCAUGCAGGGCCAUCCCGGCAGAUGCAGGCAGGACCAACCCAACGGGGUGCCUCUGGGGUCCCAAGGGCACGGCCCAUCUGCGGGUGACCCCGGGGCUGUGCCGGGCCAGGCAGCGCCUGCAGCACAGCUUCUCCAGGCUGUGGCGGUGGGUGCAGGAGCGCUGGAGGCACUGCCGUGCACAGCCCUUUUGGCAGCGCUGGUCCUCCGUGGGGAGGAAGACUCCCUGA